AUGAUACCCAAGAAAGGAGACCCAACGCAGCCAAAAAAUUACAGACCUAUCACCUGUCUGCCUGCCGUUUACAAAAUACUUACAUCGACAAUUAGCCACAAGAUUAACAACCAUAUCGAUAACAACAACAUCAUGUCUCCAGAACAGAAUGGAUGCAGACAAAAAGCACGAGGAAGCAAAGAACUGCUGAUAAUCGACAACACCAUUACCAAGCAAGCCAAAAAAAGGUUGAAGAAUAUCUCGGUUGCCUGGAUAGACUACCAAAAGGCGUUCGACUCUGUCCCACACUCAUGGCUUCUCGAGAUACUGAGAAUUUACAAAGUCGAUCACGAGGUGGUUGAACUACUGAAAAGUCUGAUGUCAACAUGGCGCACCUGUUUAACAUGGAAUAAGAAGUCCUCCUCCACGCCAAUCAAGAUCAAAAGAGGAAUAUUCCAAGGUGAUGGUCUAAGCCCUUCGUGGUUCUGCCUUGCGCUUAACCCUCUUAGCAACAUACUGAAUAGGGCAGCAUACAGCUACUCAAUGGACUCACAGAACAAAGUCAGUCACCUAUUUUACUUAGACGACCUAAAAUUAUUCAGCAGGGGUCAAAAACAGCUAGAGGGACAGUUGGAGUUGGUAAGAAAAUUCAGCGAGGACAUAGGCAUGAUAUUUGGCCUCGAAAAAUGUGCAGUGGUAAAUGUGAGGCGUGGCAGACUGGCUGAGGGGGAGAAUGUUGAACUGUCGGACGGUCGGACAGUGCCAAUACUGGGACAGGAAGAAAGAUACAAGUACUUGGGUAUUCAGCAAACAUUCGGGAUCAGACAGCAGGAAAAUAAGAUGGAAACAGAGAGGGAGCUCAUAAGGAGAGUCCGCCGCAUCAUGAACACCCAAUUGUCGGCAAAAAACAAAAUGGAGGCCAUCAACAUCUGGGCUGUGCCAGUGUUCGCGUAUACUGCUGGAAUUCUCAUCUGGUCGAAAUCAGAUCUUGAGAAACUAGACAGAAAGAUCAGAUCCAUCCUCACGCAAUAUGGUACGCUUCACCCGAAUUCCGCUAUUGAAAGGCUCUAUCUGCCACGUAAAGAAGGAGGUCGAGGACUAAGUAAUUUGCAGGACAUAUACCUGAAAGAAGAGAAGAAGAUUAAGAACUACUUCCAGACAGGAAUCACACCAAUCCAAAAAUGGGUGGCUUCACAACGCUACCCCUCCUCGGGAGAAACCAGCACGCAUGAACCUGAAAUCGAAGACUUCAAGGAGAUAUUGAAGCAAAACUGGCAGACAAAACCUCUGCACGGAAGAUUCUUCGCAAGCCUGAACCAGUCUGAUGUAGAUAAGCUGAGCUCGAGUACUUACCUGACGCAAGGUUACCUUUUUCCCCAAACAGAAGGAACAUUCCUGGCGAUUCAGGAUCAAGUCGUGCCAACACGAGUCUACACUAAGCAUAUCAUGAAACAACAGGUACAAACAACAAAAUGUAGACUCUGCGAUAAAGCCGAGGAAACUGUGCAGCACUUGUCAUCUGGAUGCUCCACAAUAGCCGGCACCAAAUACCUUGGACGCCAUGACAAUAUGGGGAAGGUCGUGCAUCAGUCGCUGUGCCUGAGGGAGCAACUACUCCCACAUUUCGUCCCACACCACAUAUACGCACCGCAGACUGUCCUGGAAAACGAAACCACCAACAACAUAAAGUUGAUCCCCAAACCAGAGUUCAAGAUUGACAGACUCCAUAGUAGGAUAAAAGAUAGCGUAAGCACAUUCCACAAAAGUGGAGUGAUAUAUUCUGUUCCAUGUUCGAUGUGUAAUGAAAUCUAUAUUGGACAGACGUCGCAACAGCUUAAGAAGAGGUUGGCUCAACAUAGAAGCGAUAUCAAGAACCCCAAUAAGAUAUGUGCCUUGGCAGACCACAGCAGAGAUAGAGACCACUUAAUGGACUAUGAGGCCACUAGGGUCCUAGAUUGCGAACGCAAUGGAGGAAAGCGUUCCUUUUUGGAAAUGUACCACAUCAAGCGCCACCCCAAUGCCAUGAAUUACAGAAGAGAUGUAAACCACAUCAGCAGCAUCUAUUCCUACCUAAUCCACUUCGACCAGGUCAAUGAAGGUGACCCAUCAAGACCACGAAGUGUAUCCAGUGACGGAGUACUUUCUGACGGCAGCAGGUCAGGAAUCGGUUGA